GAUUAAGGGGUGUAUAGCCAGUCGCAGGGAAGGGGUGCAGCAGCAUCUCAGCGGGCAGGAACGUCACUGCCUCUGCCUCUCUUCCUGCCUGCUCUUGGAUGCCUGUUUCGGAGGCGGAAGAGUGAUGAGCUCCAAGGGCAAGAAGCGGGUGGUUCUGCCGACCCGGCCCGAGCCACCCAGUGUGGAACAGAUUCUCGAGGACCUCAGCAGCGCCCAGCCAUCCGAUCCCAUGUUUGUCCUUCUAGCAGAGACCAACAAAGACUUGCCAGCCCCUGGCAGGAAGGAGGACCCUGAAGUGAAGCGAGAGUGCCUGUACCAGCAGAGUCAUUCUUACGUGGAGAUGACCCAGCGGCUGCAGAAAGCCUGUAGUCUGCUGAAGGAGAAAUGCGAAGAGCUGAAGCAGGCGGGCGUGACUUUGGAACAGAACGUCAUGGAAAUUAGGGAAAAGGCUUUGUGAGGCGGUUUGGUCUUUGAGGAGACUGGGCUGGCUUUUUGUCUAUGCUCCUGGAGGGCCUGCCCUCGACAAUAAAAAGCCCCCCCUCCUAGUCCUGAACCAAUGCUCAAUGUGGCUCAGAUUUUCACAGACCUCCCCAGGGUGGCGUCUUGCUUUGGAAUCCAAAUCCGAAGCCCAGAAAGCCACCCACCCACGUAACGCCGGCGUGUGCUUUGAUUUAAUGGAGGAUCUGGAGCUACUGCUGGCAUGACGUCCCCCAUCCCCUCUGGGUUUACAUAUGACUUCUCCCUCUGGUACUGCCCCCACGACGAUGAAAUUGCGUCCUGCAUCUCCGCCAUGCUGCACGAGCAAGGCUUCCGGGGUUACGCCGAGCACCAGGACCAGGUGGCAGGCACCUCCGUCCUCAUGACGGCCACCGAGGUCAUCCAGGCGAGCAGGGUCGCUAUCGUCAUCCUGUCGGCCCGGUCGCUGGCGGACCCCUGGUGUCAGCGCGUCUUGGAGUGGAACCUGCACCAUGUGAUCGAGCAGGAGGGGACGAAGAUGAUCCCGGUGUACGUGGACGUCAAGAAAGAGCAGGUGCCAUUGGUGUUAAGGCAUCUGAAUGAACUCUGCUACAAACAAGCCUUCUUUAAGCGGAGGCUGCUGGAGAGCUUGAAAGCCCUCAGGCCUCCCGCUGGCCGAGCGAGGGCCGAGCGCGCCUCCAAAGCGACCUGUGUGAAAAGCAGGGUCAGCCGAUAGCAAGUGGGGCUAAGUACAGGUGGGACCUCCCUGGUCCGGCACCCUUGCGACCUGACUGGUACCGGAUGAGGGAUUUUGCCAGACCAAGGGAGGUCAUUUCUGGCCCCAUCCCCUGUCUUGCACCUCCCUCCCCACUGGCUUCCUCCUGCCCCAUCCCAGUUGAGCCACAUGCUGGCUCCCGGGCCCCACCCUUCCCCAGCCCAGCUGAGCUGUAUGCCAGGCUCUCCGCCCCCAGCUGAGCCCCAGAUGUGCUGUGCAUCCCUCCCCCACCACAGUGCACCGUGCAGGAAUCCCAUCCCCCGCAGUGCGCUGGAACUCUCUGAUCCUGGAACAUCUGUGGGCUGCCGGACCAGAGAGUCCCGGUUUAUAGAGAUGCUGCUUGUAGCUGCUGGGCGGAGCUUGGACUGAUCCUGGCGGACUUGGCUUUGCUUCCAGCCGGGAGUGCAGCGACAUGUCUCGGCCUGUUUGUCUGCCACCCGGUGUCUGCCGUGGGCCCUGUGGCAGCGCUGGCGGGCUCUGGAGGUGAACUGACCUGCCUGGCUUUGUGCCUGGACUCGGCCGCAAGACUACUUAGAAAAUAAAGUGGUUGGUCGGCAGCGGGAGGCUGCUGUUAAAAUGCCCCGGGC